CCGGUUACCAUCGCCGCUGUCUGUCGCAGCUUGUGUGUUCCGCGUCUACUCGGUUCGUCACCGUUCUCCAACGACGUCCUGGCGUCGAGGAUGAGGCUGGCGCGACGUAUAGGGAGUACCUAGCCUCAGCUGCAUUUAGGUUCAGCCAACUUUGGCAGGAAGGAACGGAUAAAGGGACAGGAAGAGGAGGACCAUGCGCUGGCUCGACAGCUACUGCGUCCUGGGCUGCGUCGCCUUCCUUUUGUCGCUCGUUGAGAGCGUGCGGGAUACUGGAGGCGGCGGAGGGGAGCACGGGGGCGGCAAGGUGUCGAAGAGAGCGAAGCCCCUGAACCCCGACGAGGAGGACCACGACAACGACGACUACUACUACGAGGACGUGGAUGAAAGAAACAAUCCGACCAACGAGGCACCAGCCGUGCCGCCUGGAUUCCUCAGUCCCUCUGUGAGGGAGUACCUCGAUCUCGGUAAAUCGAUACCCGGUCGUCCAGGGACGGACUACCCAGUGUUGGGCAAGGUGCCUUACACGAACUUCUACUGCGACGACCAGCCCUACCCAGGGUUCUUCGCCGACGUGGAGACGAGAUGCCAGGCCUGGCACUACUGCGACAUAGACGGCCGACAAGCGACGUUCCUGUGCCCGAACGGGACUCAGUUCAGUCAGGCGGUGUUCGUCUGCGACUGGUGGUUCAACGUGAGGUGCGAGCUCAGCCCUAAGCUCUACGCCAUCAACAGCAGGCUUUACGGCCGGCCUACGGAGAGUCCAACGAGACCUCACCGCCUCAUCACUAAGGAGUUGCUCGAGAAUAUCUUCGUAAGACGGAAAUGAGAAUUGACGAAACACCGAGCAGUCGAGCUCGAGUUCAUACAAACUGGAUAAACGCAGGACGACGUUUUCCUUUUCCUGUCGACGGAUGGACGGUCUGUUCAGUUGGAUAGACAGGGAGACAUUCGUCUCGAAGGGAUUUAUCUGGUUAAUAAAAGAAGGGAACUCGAAGGGUUCGAGCAUUGACGAACCGUAAGUGGAAUGUCCACGUUUUGGAAGAAUGGAAGCGGAGAUUCGAUGACCACCACUGCUCUGAAGACAUCAGUCUACAAUCGUUUUUCCCUUCGAGGGUGGGUUGACGUGGAAAGCGUGACUGCGCCCUCGGCGCGGUUCUUAAUCGUUGAUGAGAUCGCAUUCGGGACCGAAGGAGACGCCAGGUUUCUCCUCCCUUCUCUGGUCGUCUCGUGAAAAUAAAGAGUCGAUCUUUACGGGGUAGUCGAGCUCCCAGCUAGGUAAUACCGUUCUGGGAGCGCACCUGUGCGAUGGGAAUCAACCUGUUCCCUCAUCGAUCGAGUCCAGACGCUCUUGGCUCCGAAUCGUAAACGCGAAUGUCAUUAUAAACGCGGGUGCUUCGGUGGAAUUCAGUGUUCGUCGACGGAGACAUUGCCUGGUUUGGGAAUCGUGCGAAUUUUGGCUUACGCUUGGGUCGAAAUUGAGCUCUUAGUCUUUCUAGGAUUGAUAUUCGUCGCGUAACCCAGGCCAGAGUUCCAUGCGAUGGAACAGUGGUGGACUUCAACUCCGAAAAAUUACGUAACGUGCCAAUUUUUAAAUACGCAUCGAGCACUGGUUUACGUUGCAGUCUUUCGUUUAAAUGAAAGAACGCGUAAUACUCUUAAUUGUAUUCUAUUAGCCUAACGGUGUUACCUAGGACGCUAUAUCGAAUAAAUUUUAGCCUUAUCGAACUCUAACGUGUUUCGAAUAUUGUUAUAAUUUUAAAGGCGAUCGAAAACGGUUCGAAUGACGCGAACUUCCUAUUUUUAUCUAUAAAAAGGGAAAUAAUUAUCAGUCUGAAACAAGCUUCUUCGAAACUAUCCAAUAUUUUUCCUUUUUAUAUAUUACAUUAUUUCGUAUUUAUAUCUCUUCGAAUGGAACUCUCAUGACAAAAAUAGCUUGUUUAAGAAUGACAAUUAAUUCCCCUGUUUACCAUAUAACAGACGCCUAAAUAGUCGAAUAAAUUCAUAAAUAAACGAACCCCGCCUCCCAUCAAGAACAGAGAGCUCCGUGCUCGGUAUCUUCUCGAACGCUACGAUCCUUUAUCGUCAGAUCCAAGUGUCUACGUUUGGUCGUUAUUUGAUCGAGCAACGGGCAGCGUUCGCGAUGCAUCAUGCAUACAGCCAUUUGAUCAGCUUAUGUCUUACAAUCGCGCGGGUAUUGCGUAAUUGCUUCGCACUAGCCCGAAGGCCUGACGCUUCGGUUAGCAACGAACCAAUUGACGAUCGGUCAUACGUGCAACAAUUGCGAUUACACGUGGAACGAUCGCGAUUAUACGCGCAAUAAUGGAACCGGGGAAAUUGUUGUGCUGUGGCAAACAACUCGGCGCAACGCGUAUCGUCGCGAAAAGUGCAUUAUAAACGGUGUCCAGUUAACGUACACAUAAUCCAACACCCAAUUUCCUAAUUUUAGACUUCUGACGAACCCUUUGCUUAGCAUUCGAAAGCUGCCAUCGACAGAAAUAUUGAUAAUAAUUAAGAGGAAAUUAUAUAGAAAGAAAACAAUUUACCAAAUUAUACAUAUGUUAUGCGUGAACUUCUCAAGAUUUUGAUUAUUCGAUUAAUAAGAAAAAUUUCAAUGUCUGAUGAAACUUAAUUUAAAAAAAAAAAAAUGUCAAUAUGUACUAUGCUACACGCCUCCAACUAGAUGUGGUUCACUUUCAUCAAUGAAUGUACUAUGCUCAAACAAAAUUGACUAACAUGACAACAAAUACUCUACGUUGGUUAUAAAAUCGAAGCAAACAAUGUGAACAGUGCUUCGUAUCAGCUACGGGGAAAAAUAUAAUGUUUGACACGAAAAAGUGUUGGGAAAAAAAAGAUAUGGAUUUUAUUUCGUGUCGCGAAAGUAAUAUUUGAUAUUUGAUCCCCGAUACGUAGUCAUUCGAAACGCACAAAAAUUAUAGCUAGAGAGAGCAAAACUCGAGCAACGCGUUUCGCGCUCGGCGCGGCCAAAAGUCAAUGCUUUCAAGAAUCGAUAUCCGCUAAUACAAUUGUGCACGCACGGCGAACCGAACGAAAUACGACAACGACAGGUUUGUCGGCAAUUAGUAAUGGCGUGUCGUUCGAUCGCGAUAUAUUGUGUGCACGGGCUGUCGCUUGAAAGCGAUCGUCGCGUGACCAAUUUCUCUUUUCAUCGACACUUUCGUCAGAACGUUGUUACUUGUUAUGCGUCUCGUUGUGUAGCAUUUACGUUCUAAGAACGGCUGUGGAUUGACAUUUCGUGCGUGAAACAUUACGCUGUUAUAAAUGGACGUUCCAAAGCCUAAGUUGGGAGGGUCAGUAAUAAGAAUUCUCUUUAUUAAAAAAAAAAAAAAAAAAAAGUUUACAAAGACUACACCUUGCUAGGAAGAAUUAUAUCGAAAAGUUUUUAAUUUACAGUGCCAAAUAUCUACGUACGAACAGAUGAAUGGUUUUCCUUUCGUAAUUCAGACGGAGUGGCUGUAGUCGUAAUAUAGGCUAAAUAAAGUUGAUUUGUUAUGGAAAAACGAGUCGAAAAUGUAGAAUAAAUGUUUGUUCUAGGAUGCUUCGUUUUCGAGAAAAUCAACUCUGAAGACCACGAAGUUCAGCCGUGCGCUUCAGUACGGGUUGACUGACGCGUCUGACUAUGAUCGACUGUUUCUACUUGCGCUAUUCUUAUGGGGUACUAAUGGUGAUUUUAUAUACCAGUUUUCUGUCGAUCGUACUAUGUUCUAGCUCAAGUUAGAACCAGAUAAAACUGAUAAUAUUACACCAUCACCCUUUAUGAAAUCUGACUCAAGUAGAAACAAUGAGCAAUGGUCAGACACAGACAAAGAAUUUUCACAAUUUCUUUUCACGCGAAAGAGACCUCGAAAGAAAAAAUUCUAUAGUACACGUUCGACGUGUUUUUAGAUAAAGAAUUAGUUUUUCUUGCAACUGUAUCACCACUUGUACCAGAUUGGCAAUUACGGUCAAGGCUAUAGGAUUUAAUAAUUUUAUUCGUCGAUCUCUAUGUCUUCGAGUUCCAUGAAGCAACGUUCAACGAAUGUUUGAUAAAACAUUCCGCAAUUUGCGGAAAACGUUAACUACGAGCCAAUGAAUCGCCGGUGUCCCCGAAAUGUGAAUUUAAUACAACGAACGCGGGUAGACCUUACGCGAAUUCAAAGUAAAUUAGUUUCAAAAGUUUCCAAUGGAAUGUAUCAUUAAUGAGAGACGCCGCCCUUUAGUAGCCAUUCGCUAAUGAGGAACGGUUAACGAAGAAAAUUGCUGAAUAAUUAAAAGUUGCUUUUGGUUGAAAAUUACGCGAUUCCGAGUUGGUGGCACGCGCUGGCUCGAAAAACAGGUGUUUGAUAAAGUUUGCGAAAUCUGUCUCCGAGAAAUGAAAAUGAAUUUCUUAGGGUUCGUCCUUUGUGCAAGAAAUAAGGAAAUCGAUUGAUGAAUCAAAGAACGAACAAAAAAAAAAAAAAAAAACAAAGGGAAGGAAAAUGCAGAGAAAAAAAGGAAGAUAACGAACGAAUAAAUAAAGUUCCAGCUUACGCUUUAAUUGUCCUUAAUUCAAAGGACGCGCUAACUAGAGGCCGCAAAAUUAAUAAUAAAAUAUUCCGCCGGUAUAUAAUUCAGUCAUGCGCGUGAUGCAAUUAGUUCUAAAACUCUUUCGGCUUGAGUGCUGUAAUUAUCCGCCGGCGUGCAUAAAAUUCUGAUUAACUUCGGGACUGGUUGUAUCAAAAAAUAGUAUCGAAGUAACUUUCCUCUCAUAAAGUGUCGUUGAACACGGAAUAAAAAAUUUGUUAUAAAAUGUGUCUCGUUUGAAUACGAACGGCUUUACAAAGUGGGGUUUGUCUGUAUAUUUUUUAUGAAAUGUAAAUUUAUUUUGGCAUUUUUAGGACGCAUUAAAGUACGUGUAACUACGAUUAAACGUGAAAGGUGAUGACUUGUAAUUCGUGAUUAAAAAUAAACAAAAUUCCGAAGGUUUACAUACCGAAAGGGAUUUAGAAGGCACUAUUUAUAGGUGGAAUCUGGAAUACAUUCAAGUUGGACAUAUGGCAUAAACGAGAACCGAAUUAUUCCGCGAAAUGCACCUUCCAGCUCAUUUACCAAUCCGAAUAGCGGAAAAUCCAGCGGGAACCGCGCAAUCGUGCGCAUAGUUUUCUCGGUUUUUAACAAUUUCCCUAUUAUUUUGACGGCGUUUAGCAGCAUACGGCUUUAUGUUGCUAAUUAAAUGCAUCGAUGCGCCUCGCGCGUAGAAACAAUGAUCAUUUGUGUCGCGAAAAUUCGAGAUAUUACUCGCCAUUAGGGAAGCAUAGGAAUCAAUGUAAAAAUUUAAUAAGAGUGUCGCUGGAAGACUAACAAUCCUUCACUCUUACAGAUAAAUCUGAGAUCUUUACUUUUCAUUCUGAAUAAACUAUUCCUUAUACCACUGGUUAAGAAGAUUAAUCGAAUAUUCCAAAUUUCAUCCUAUUUGUAAAGCAAAAUUUGUUUUCCCUCGCUUAUCGACAAGUCUGCGAGAGACUUCUCCUAAUCAAA